GUAAAUUUUUUAUUUAAUAAAUGGAGAAGUCAGUGCUGCCUCUGCCUUCUGACAAGGACUUGAAGGACCUGAUAUGCCAGUUGCCAGAUGAUAUCCUUGUCCAUAUGUUGUCUUUCUUGACUUUGGAAGAAGCAGUCAGAUCUAGUGUUCUUUCGCACAAAUGGAAACAUCUGUGGCCAUUUUUCAGUGGUAGUUUAAACUUUGACGAUCCAGAUACAAUGUGGGACAUUGCUGACAAAAAGAAAAAAAUGGAAUUCGAAAGGAAUAAGUUUAUAAAAAGGGUGAACCGUAUUCUAAAAUUACUCCGAGGCUCAAAUUUAGAUGAAUUCAGAAUUUGUUUUGAGUUUAAUAAAGAUUUUAAAGAUCUGAUUGAUGGAUGGGUUGACUUUGCAAUCUCAAAGGGAGUUAAGAGGCUUGAAUUGGACUUUUCACCAACAUGGGCAUACCUUGGUCCAAAGCGUUAUACAUUUCCACAUGAUCGUUUUUCUGUUGGAGUAUCUUGCAUCAAGUCCCUAACGUCCCUCACUCUUCUAUACAUACAUGUAACCGGCGAGCUUCUCGAGCAUUUCCUUUCCAAUUGUCCCCUGCUUGAAAGAUUAUACGUCAGCGAUUCUGAAGACAUAGUGAAUCUGAAGAUUUGGGGUUCAACACUGCGGUUGAAGUACUUACACAUAAUACAUUGUUCCCAAUUUAAAAGUAUUGAGGUGUUUGCUCCAAAUCUGGAGUCAUUUGGGCUCGUUGGUGGGAUAAUAGAAACGCAUGUUAAUUAUGCACCCCGUCUUCUAGAUGUACAUAUAGGUGGAUGCGAACCUGUGAAGUAUGCAAUUUGCCCUCUGUCAAACUACCUUCCUCAGCUACAGAGUUUGGUGCUGAAUAUUUAUAUCUCUCCUUAUGUAAAAUUGGAACUCCCAAAAUUUCAAACAUUAACCAAUCUUAGACACCUUAAAUGGAAAGUUAUUGCAUCUGAUGCAGAAAGCCUCAUCGGUUUAAUACCAAUGAUAGAAGCAGCACCUCUUUUACAGAAAUUUAAUUUGGAGUUGUCAUGGUGUAAACCCCUAAAAAAAAGAGAAUUAAGGAAGGUGAAGAAACAUCCUAAUAAGCAUCUCAAAGACGUGGAAAUAGUGGGAUUUGUGGGGCGUCCAAUCGACAUUGAACUUACUAUUUACUUGCUUGAAAGUGCCAUCAAGCUUGAGAAGAUUGUCAUUAUUCCUCGUAAUCCGGCUCUUGUGGGAACCCCUUGGGAGUUUGAUGAGAUUGAGAAGAAUGAACGUGCUAUAAAAGCUGCCAAGCAGCUCAAGAAAAAUCUACCCCUUGGAGCUGAAUUACUUAUUCUGUAGUCAUCAUCGUCGCUAAUAUAUAUACAUAUUACUAAUUUGUUGUUGAAAUGUGAUGAUGGUCUUUUUAAUGUUUUUCAUUGUGUUAUUAGUUUUGUAACUUUCUGUUAUUUUAAUUGAAUGAUGGGAAAAUAAGAACUUUAUUGUAUCUUAGUUUUGUAAAUUUCUGUAAAAAUUGAAU